AAAUUUACUCACUUUCUAUGAAAGAUGUAAAAACUUUAAAAAUACCUAAUCAGCCUAAAGAAACAUCCGUAGUCCACUUAUUUAAUUGAUAGAUGUCUAUAUAACAUAUAGUAGCUAGAUGUCAAGCUUCCAAAUACAGUUAAUUUCUAAACCCUAAUUAAAUACAACUUCAAACCAAACCCAACAUUUAAAAAAGUUAAUGCUAGAAGAAUGGCAAAUAAAGUAGGGCAAGUAUGUUUAAACAAAUUAGUUAGUGUGGGUGUGUUUUGAGUUUGGGUUUAAGGAUUUGACCGUUGUGCAUUGAAUUGCUUAAACAAAUAUUUUUGUUUUUAAAUUGGAGCAGAAAGAACUCGUGGUCUGUGGCGCUGAGCUGACUUUAUUGUUUAGUGGUUUUUGGUUUGGUUGCCCAAAAUCCGAAUCCUUCUUCCUUUUUCCUUCAUAUAUAUGUCCAUUAAUGAAAACCGGUGGUGCUUGUGUUGUGUUGUGUCACUCACAUUUCUCACCAUUCAAGGAAAUAAAUUAGGCCAUGCAAAAGGAAAAAACAUUAACACACUACUCACAGUCACACAUUACAGCUACAGCAGCAGCUUUCAUUUGAAAUCUCUGUACUCUUAUUACCAGUUACCCACUUCACGAGGUUGCACGCCUCGAUUCCUUUCUCUCUCUCUUUCUCUCUCUCUGGUUUUUGUUUUCCAUUUUCGAAACCCAUUGGGAAAAAAACGAAGAGCGAUUUUUUAGCCUUUAGGUUCGUAUGUCAUCUUUGGCGACAGUGACUGCUACGAGAAGGCCGAAAUGGCAGUACCCGCAACCGGCGCCGCCGACUCCGAGGAUCCUCCACUUCCCGAGGAGGCCGAGGACGAGGCGCCGGCCGUCCAAGGCCCUGCCGGCGCCGGGGAAAUCUAUUUUGGGGUCUGACGGGAGAGGGAAGCUGGAGGCCUUGUUUGACCAGGAACGGGAGUUUUCGAGGGAGAGCUUUCCGGUUAGUUUGCUGGAGGAGAGAAAGAGUGGAGGUGGCGGUGCGGCGCCGGUGGAGGAGAAGUGGAGGUUUCAGGCGGAGAUGUUGAGGGCAGAGUGCAACUUGCUGAGGAUGGAGAGAGAGAUUAUCAAUAAGAAAUUGGAGAAGAUGAAGCUUCGAAUGGAGAGGACUCUGAAAUCAGCAGUUCAAGCUCUUGUUUCCGGGAGAAACAAGAUAUAUGAAGGCAAGGACAUGAAGAUGGUGUUGGAGGAAGAGAUCAACUAUUUGGGUCAGAAACUCGAGAGAUUGCGAAGGGGCUCGAGAGAUAAACAAAUGGAGGUUAGAAAGUGCAGUAAUUUUGACAAACGAGCGUCAUUACUACAGAGAAAGCUGGAAAAAAUUGGGGAGGAUUCGGAUGAACCGAUUGUUACAGAGAACAAGUCUUGUAGGGAUCAUGAAAGCUUCGUAUCAAGUGGAAAGUUAAAUGUGGAGGUUUUGAGGAGAAAAAUGGAAAACCUGUCAAAUGGAACUUUGUUGGAGAUGAUGAGGGAGGAAUGUAGGUCUAUGCUUUCCACUACAGCUACCACGAAAAUCAGAGCUGAACAUCCUGAUUCUUCCAUGUCAAGACAGGACUGGACAUCACAAGAACAAAAUCAAUGCUCAGGACAUUGCAAGGCGAUUAUUCGAAGAAUCAUGGAGCAAGUUAAAGCAGAAAAAGAUCAAUGGUCUCAAAUGCAGGAGAUGUUGAAUCAAGUGAGGGAGGAGAUGGAAGAAUUGCAGGUUUCUCGAGAGUUCUGGAAAGAUCGAGCCCUAGAAUCCGAGUCUAAGGGACAUGGAAAAGCUUCCUUACCAGAUGAGAUGGAGAAGCAUGUGUUGAUUUGCCGCAUGAAGGAGAAGAAUCCUAACCUCCAUACACGCGAUGUUCGAAGCAGGCCUAGAGAAAUCGCCAUUGAUGAACAACAACAACAACAACAGAAAAAUCGUUCGCAAAUAAAAAAACUUGAGAAAUCUCAACGAUUACCUUUCCGAGAUAUUGCUAACCUUGUUCAUAACUAAAUUUGAACGAACUCCUCGUUAGCUCAACGAAAUUUAACUUAAUUUUUAUGCAUUGAUUUAUUUCCUGAA